AACAUAAGUCAACAUUUUUUGAUAUUCGUCAUUUAAAGUCAAGAAGAAAGUUUCAAUCUGAAAAACAUAAAAUAAACUUUUUGAUGAUUCGGAGAUAAAUGGGAUCGAAUAAAAUUGUCCCCAACUCAAGUAUUUGGAAACAUGAACACGGACCCUUGGCGUAUCAAUAAAGAACCAAAUAAAACAAUUAACUCAUUAUCUUCAAAUUCAUUAUCAUUAGAAUUCGAAGACAAUUUUACCCCAAGUGAAGAAUUUCAGAUUGAAUGCACAAAUAUUCUUCCAGACUCGAAAAAAUAUUUAGAAUCGUUAGAGAAAAAGUUAAAAAAAUUAAGAAGUGAUCCAAGGAUUUUAGAGCAAUUAGCUCAAAAAAGAGAGGAGUGUUUAAAUAAUUUAAUAAACAACUCUUUGAAUUUAGAUAGUAAUGUAGAGUUUGAUACCCCAAUUGGAGGAGAUUCUGCUGUUUAUGAUAUUUAUCGUCAUUUAUACCCCACACAACCUAUUACAAUUGGUGAAACAGUUCACAUUUUAAAAUACGAUCAAUUGCAAGAAGAAAAAAACGCAGAUAUUGACGUUGAAAACUCUAGUGAAACUGCGAGCAGAUAA